UCGAACCCAUAGCUCGCUUUGUUUCCCAGAGAGGUAUCUUGGGCUCGGAUUUUUUGGCUCCCUUUUUAUGAUAUUCACUUUGAUUCACUUGGAUUCCCGCCACUUAUCCCCAGGCAGAGGUACUUCACUAUUGGAAAUUCACUAUCUUUUCUCGAUUUUGUUGUUUUUUGCUCGCCAAAUUCAGCUCGCUUUCUUCUUAUUUCUACCUCCGUGUUUGAUCGAGUCUUUACGGUUUUCUCGACCACGAGCAAGUUUGGUUGAUGAUUUGUUCCUUACCCAAAUGGACCCUGGUGUUUGUUUGCUUUCGGUGAGAACCCACGAAUUCAGUGUUUCAAGCCAUCAGGAUUCAAAGGCGUUUCCUUCUGGUUUUUGUUGGUUGGUGUAUAUUUCGGUUGAUGUCGUCUGAAGAUCUUCCUUAGCCUUUUACGAUAUCCACCGGUUUGUUGAUUAGGAUUUUGGGUUCUGGAGAUGGUUAUAGCAAGAUAUGGCUGAAUUGAAAUCAGAGGAGUGUUGUCUAGAGAAUAAGCAAUCUACUGCUGCCUCUACCUCCUCUAUCUCUGAAGGCAGUGCCAGUGCUAUCCACAAGUCCCCGGGAAGAUGUAGCCCAGCAUCAACAUCACCCUCCCAUCGGAGGACCACUGGCCCCAUCAGGCGUGCAAAGGGAGGUUGGACAGCCCAGGAGGACGAGACAUUGAGGAAUGCUGUUGCAGCUUUCAAGGGCAAGAGUUGGAAGAAAAUAGCUGAGUCUUUUCCUGAUAGGUCAGAAGUGCAAUGUCUGCACAGAUGGCAAAAGGUUCUUAAUCCUGAACUUGUUAAAGGCCCUUGGACUCCUGAGGAGGAUGACAAAAUUGUUGAACUGGUAUCAAAAUAUGGGCCAGCAAAAUGGUCUAUGAUUGCCAAAUCUUUGCCUGGUCGCAUUGGGAAACAAUGUCGAGAGCGAUGGCACAAUCAUCUUAAUCCUGAAAUAAAGAAGGACGCCUGGACUUUGGAGGAAGAACUGGCCCUCAUGAAUGCUCAUCGCAUACAUGGGAACAAAUGGGCUGAAAUAGCUAAGGUUUUGCCUGGAAGGACUGAUAAUGCAAUAAAGAACCACUGGAAUAGUUCAUUGAAAAAAAAAUUAGAAUUUUAUUUAGCUACAGGAAACCUUCCACCAAUCCAAAAGAACAGUGCACAAGGUGGUGUGAAAGAUACAAUAAGACGCUACGCUAGUAAAACAGUACAUGCUUGCUCAAAUAAAGUAUUAGAUGCAGCUGCUGAUACAUCAUCAGAAAAUACAGACAAUACUAAAGAUGGCAGUGGAAAGAAUGAACUGGAGUCCUUCACAACAGUGAGAGAGUUUGGUAAUUCUCUGAGCGUUCCUGCAAAUGAAGGUACUGAUUCUGACUUUGUAGAAUGGAAGCCCAGAUCAUCUAAUCCAGAUCUUGGCUACAGCAACUCAGAACCAGAGUCAAGGGAUAAUUUUGGAUUGACCGGUGACCUAAAAUUGGAUAAGACUCGUCUGAAUGGCAAGCAUACAGUUGGGAAUUUUGUGAAUAAUGGUGAAAUGAGUAGUGGCAGGCUAAUUGGUACGUCUUCACAGGAUAGUCCAGCCUCUGGUUCAUUGUGUUAUGAACCUCCAUUGUUGGAGAGCUCAGUUCCGUUAGAUUCCCUUUGUUUAAGUAUGUAUUGCCUGCAGAACGAGUACAAUGCUACUCCAGUGAUGUCACCUGUUGGUUUCUUCACUCCACCUUGCUUGAAGGGCAGUGAAUUAUGCACAGAGACUCCUGAAUCAAUAUUGAAAAUGGCUGCUAAAACUUUCCCAUAUACUCCUUCCAUAUUGAGGAAGAGAAAAAAUGUAGUCCAAGCACAUGUUACUCCUUGUAAAAAUGUGAAAGUGGAUGAUGGAUUUCAUACUUCUAAUGAAGAGGAGAAAGCCAAGUAUAAUGCUGGUUCUGGGCAUGGUGAGCUAUCCAAGAGGCCAGCAGGGGAUGGCAUUCUCAAUAAUAAGGCUUUUAAUGCUUCUCCUCCUUACCGGUUAAGAUUCAAGCGAAAAGCAUUUGCUAAGUCUGUGGAGAAACAACUUGAGUUUGCUUUUGAUAAAGAGAAGCAUGAUGUCAAAAAAUUGGAAAAAUCUGCUGCUAGGAGCACUGCCAUGGCUGGAGAUUGUUUACCUGAAACAAAAGUGGCAGUGACCUAGUGCUUUAAUUUAAGGGAUCAAAGGCGGAUGAAUUUUGUCAGAGGAGAUCUUGCCAAUUUUGACAAUCUAAUAUAGAAUACAUGAAUCACGAUGACUUGAAUAUCCACGCGAAAGUUAGUUUUGCAGAUGCACUCAAUAACUUGCUUGUGAGCAGAAUUAAGGAGCAGUAGAUGUCUCUUUUUUUUUUUUUUUUAACCAGCAGGAGCAGUAGGUGUCUGGUAUAUGUAGCAUAAUAAAUUUUUAUAGGUCCCAUAAAGUUGUGGAUAUGUAUGUAGCAAUAUUACCAGAUUUGUACAGCAAGCCCCCCCUUGGAAAGAGGAAAAUCUUUUGAAAUUUUUUAUCAAGUCUGUCCUUUUUUGGCC